AUGGUGAAAGAGGGAGACAAAGUGACACUGACCUGCAGCACCACCUGCAGUCUGAGUAACAACCCCACCUACAUCUGGUACAGGAACUCACAGCCUGUUAAUGAUCUACACGCAACUGACAACAGGCUGGAUAUAGACUCAGUCAGCAUUGAAGAUGCAGGAGCAUACUCCUGUGCUGUUAAGGGACAUGAGAUUCACAGUUCACAUGGAAUUAAUCUCAAUGUCAGAUAUGGGCCAAGAAACACUUCAGCAUCAGCCCAUCCUUCUGGAGAACCAGUGGAGGGAAGUUCUAUAACUCUGACCUGCAGCAGUGAUGCCAACCCACCAGUGCAUAACUACACCUGGUACAGGGAAAAUGAACAUCACUCUACACCGGUUGGGUGGAGUCAGAAUUACAGCCUUGUGGACAUCAGCUCUGAACAGAGUGGACUCUACUAUUGUGAGGCUGAGAAUGUGAUUGGACAGAACAGAUCUUCAGUGCUGCAGAUAAAUUUAACCUAUGCCCCAAGAAACACCUUAGUAUCAGUCAGUCCCUCUGGUGACAUAGAAGAGGGCAGUUCAGUGACUGUGACCUGCAGCAGUGAUGCCAACCCACCGGUGCACAACUACACCUGGUACAGAAGGAAGCAUGGGUCAGAAUCCACAUGGAUCAGACAAAGACAAACGUACAGCAUCACUAACGUCAGUACUGAGCACAGUGGGCUUUACUACUGUAAGGCAGAGAAUAAACAUGGAGCCAGCCAAUCCAAUACAACAUUUCUGGAUGUGUUAUACUCCCCCAGGAUGACCUCAGCAUCCCUUGUCCCCUCUGGUGACCUUCAGGAGGGCGACUCAGUGACUCUGACCUGCAGCAGUGAUGCCAACCCACCAGUGUACAACUACACCUGGUACAGGAAGACUGGAGAUGAAACAGCUCUUCUGGGCACAGGGAGGAUGCCCAACCUCACUCUUAACCUUGUUCCUGGUAUGGAUGGACUUUAUCACUGUGAGGCUUGGAAUAAAGUCGGCUUGAAGAACUCAACUGCACUUCAGGCUUGCACAGCACAAUACUCUUUAGUGCCUUGGGGGCCAUCUUGGCUGUAA